GUAUUAGGUUACGGUAUGUCUCCUGGGUUUGCUGAGCUCCGAAGAGCACUUUGCCCCUGUGCCCGGUGCCCCCAGCAAAUUGUGGCCACAAACAUGCCCCCUGAAGAUCAGGAUGGCUCUGGGGAUGACUCCGACAUCUUCUCUGGCUCAGGUGCAGGUGGUCUGCAAGAUAUCACCUUAUCACAUCAGACCUCCACCUGGAAGGACACGGGGCUCCUGACGGUCAUGCCCACAGCUGCAGAGCCCACCAACACUGAUGGCAUCGCUGCCUCCACCUCCAUCUUGCCGGCUAGAGAGGUGCCUGAGGAGGGAGAGGGGGUGUUACUGGCAGAGGUGGAGCCUGGCUUUACCACCCUGGAGAAGGAGACCACCCACCCACCCAGUGAGACCACGCUGCACCCAGCCACCCACCGAGCAUCAACAGCAAGAGCCACCACCUCCCAGGCACCUGUCACCUCCCAUUCCCACAGGGCCGUUCAGCCUGACCUCCAUGAGACCUCACCUCCGGUAGGACCCGGCCUUCCCGACCCUCACACUCCCAACAUGGAGGACAGAGGUCCUUCUGCCACUGAGAGGGCUGCCGAGGAUGGAGUUGUCACUGAGUUCCCAGCAGGAGAGGGCUCUGGGGAGCAGGACUUCACCUUUGAUGUGUCCGGAGAGAGCACAGUUGGGGCUGCUAUGGAAUUUGACCAGCAGAACGAGCCCCGAGAUGGUCAUGGGGCCACUGGGGCCUCCCAGGGCCUCCUGGAAAGGAAGGAAGUGCUGGGAGGGGUCAUUGCCGGAGGCCUCGUGGGGCUCAUCUUUGCUGUGUGCCUGGUGGGCUUCAUGCUGUACCGGAUGAAGAAGAAGGACGAGGGCAGCUACUCCUUGGAGGAGCCCAAACAAGCCAACGGCGGGGCCUACCAGAAGCCCAGCAAGCAGGAAGAGUUCUACGCCUGACGGGAGCAGUCCUCCCCCUCCCCCUGCCACUCGCUAGGCCCCCACUCGCCUCUUCCGUGAAGAACUGCAGGCCCUCCCCUGCCACCAUGCCACCUCCCAGUGCUCCCUGCCCCUGCAGCCCACUCCCCACGGAGAUCUGGGGCACGGACGUCCUCUGCUUCUCUGACUUCUGCCUGGAGACCAGGGCGCAAGGGCUCUCUGCACCCGACCUUUCCACCUCGGCACCUGGCAUCGCACCGUUCUGACUCAGUUUCUCCAAAGUGGAAUAGCCCCUCCCAAAGCCCAGGUCUGGAGAGAAAAGGGACCCCACCGCUUUGGACUUGGAUAGCCCACUGCAGCUGGAAGAUGCUGUGGCUCUGGGCUGACACAGCUGUAGCACUUAACUGGGAGAGACCAGCAGUCUCGGGGGCGUUUACCACUCACUGGGUGGCCGGGAGAGGAGUCCAGGGCUCCAUCCAAAUUCACUUUGUUUUGUGGGGAGGUCUCAUUUAGGUAUCAACUCGUUUUUGCACAUAUUUCUUCUAGUUCUUUGGUCCGUAGCCCAGUAGACUUUAUUACUUUUGACGUAAGUUAAGUCGAUUUGGUUAUCCCCCAUCUUGCUAAUCUACCAUCAGGAGACAGCAUCAGGGUUAAGGAGACUUUUUUUUUUUUUUUUUUUUUUUUACUAUGAGAACCAAAUCUGGAAGCCUUAGUUUAUGUGUUGUCUCUUGAGUUUGACACUCACGUGUGCAACAGGGUAUGGAAUGUGCUGAGCGGCCCCGUCGGUGGGCCGGCCGGUCCCAGCUGCCAUGGGCAGUCAUGCCUGUGUCCAUGAACUUGGGGCCACAGCCAUGGCCCGGGCUGCUGUGGUGUCGAGGCGCCGAUGUGAGCAUUGAAUCCUGGCGCCUCAGGCUGGGGACGAGAGAGAACUAUGGGGUGGGAGAGGUGGCAAUGGGCCCAAAGAAUGUCCUGCAGGUCACACCCUUCCUUGGAUGCCAUCUCCAGGGACAUUUUCUUCUGGAAGAUAAUGAGAGGGGUCCUGGGCACACCUGGCACUGAGCUGCUCCACGAAGGACCGGGUUCACCUUUGCUUAGCUCCUGUGGCCCUGCCCUGGGCUGGAAUCAGGAAUGUUCCAAAGAGUGAUAGUCUUUUGCUUUUGGCAAAACUCUACUUAAUCCAAUGGGUUUUUCCCUGUACAGUAGAUUUUCCAAAUGUAAUAAACUUUAAUAUAAAGUAGUCACGUGGACUCUGCCGCCUGUGCUUCACUCUGCGCUGGUCCUGUGGAUGUGACCAGACUUUUCUCUAAACAGCAACGAUAUUGGGAGACUAAAAGCUCUGUGCCUUCAUCUUUCUCGCGGGGAGGGAUUCUGGGGCCAGAGUCCCUCUGGUCGGUUUGUUUUUUGUCUUUGCUAAAAUUCUGGAGGUCAGUAGGUUCAGCCAAGGUUACAUAAGGCCUGAUGUAAAUUUGUGUGUUGCCAAGCUCAAAGCGCCAUCCCCUAAAUGGUUAAAGAAGCUGUGACAGCCCCGGCACAGCUUGACCUGAGGCCACUGGCCCCACUGAGGCCUGGAGCCAAGGCCUGCCUCUCAGACACCUUGGACAGGCCUUCUCUCACACCUUAGCUAGGAUCAGAGGCCGCCAGCCUGGGGCUUCUGGGAACUCUUAUACUUGCUUAUUUAAUUUGACAAUGUUCCAGCUGCUCUGUUGGCUGCCUCGAGAGGUGGGGACAUCUGUGACUCAGACGCAUCGCCCAACAAAGGGAACCUGUGCCCUGUGUUCAAUACUGGGACUUUCUGCCUGGAGUGUAUGACUGGACGUGACGGCGGGUGGGGAAAAAGGGGUCUGUGACCGUGCUCAUCUCUGCUGGUCCCCGGGAUGGCACUGAGCCUGUGGCUGGCUGAUCCCAUUCAUGUAAUUUUAAUAAAUGGUACUUGUCGUUCCGGGC